AUGAGAGAAUUUCUCAAUUGUGGCUACAAGAGGAUGACAGGCCUCUUGCUCAAUUCAGGUCAUAGAAUCCAGCAAAAUCGCAUCAGGGAGUGUAUGAGAAGAGUCAAUCCCGAGGGCGUCCUCCUGAGAGUCCUUGAGCUGCGAACUGUUCGCCGGAGAAGAUAUCAAGUUAGUGGCCCUCUUGCCUUGUGGCAUAUCGACGGGAAUCAUAAACUAAUAAGGUAAAUGUAUGAAACCUCGUUAUAUGCCAAGCAGUUCACACCUUGUGUACGGUGAGAACUGUACACAAGGUAUGAACACUAACAAAACUAACGAUAUCUAACAAUUUUGAAGUCGCAAAAACUUACCUGCACAUUGUUCCACCAUUUGGUGGUUUCUAUACUUAUCAAACACAACGACAAGGGUAUGGGUGGUGGGGUCGGAUAGAGUCAUCAGAGACCAGGAUAGUUAAAGGUUUUGACUGUUUGUUAAUUUUCAGAUGGCGAUUUGUAAUACAUGGCGGAAUUGACGGCUUCUCGAGAAUGAUUGUUUUUUGAAAUGCAGCACCAAUAACCUGGCAAGUACGGUACUCGAUUGCUUUCUCCAAGCAGUUGGGAGUUUUGGUCUACCUUCAAGAGUACGGUCUGAUAAGGGUGGCGAGAAUGUAGACGUUGCACUUUACAUGUUGAGUCACCCGUUACACGGACCUGAUAGAGGGAGCCAUAUUGCUGGGCGAAGUGUACAUAACCAAAGAAUAGAACGUCUUUGGAGAGACCUUUUUUGUGGAUGUCUUCAUGUAUACUACAAUCUUUUCUAUGCAAUGGAACGUUAUGGAAUGCUUGACGCAUCAAAUGAGUUUCAUUUAUUUACCCUUCACUUUGUGUAUGUUCCAAGAAUUAACCAAACAAUGCAAUUAUUUGCCCAAGGGCAUAACAGGGCUCCCAUCUCUACAGAGAGGGGAAAGAGUCCUCUUCAACUGUGGAUCUCUGGUGCUGUCUCAGCUUCAAAUCGUGGAAUUGAUGAAUUCUGGAGUCAGGUGUGUUUUGAAAAGGGAAGGGUGGGGAGGGAGGGAUAAGGACUUUGCAAGAAUCUGUUAUAGUUUUGAUAUUCAUGCAAUGUUAUAGUGAUUUUCAGACUUGUUUCUCAUGUUAUCCAAUUUGUGGUCGACACAAGUGGAGAAGUACAACCUUUCAGCUUGUUUCCAAAAGUGCAGUCACAAUAAUAGCUCUUACAUGUAAAGUAGCUUGGAGAAUAAAUCUACCUGAGUAGUCUUCAUGAACAAUUUUCUUCCAGGAUUAUGAAGAAACAAUAACAGAUUAAUUGCAAUUUUUUUUAUUAACAAGAAGUACGUCGCAGUAAAUUGGUUCACAACAUGCGUGUGGCAUACAGCCAUCAUGAAAUGUGUUGUUUACAUGUUUUUCAGGGUGACUACUAUGGUGUUGACUGGGAUGGCCCUGCACCAGAUGUUAGCUUAGAUGAUGAAACUCCAGUUGAAGUUCCCAACACAACAAACCCACUGGAACCAGCUCAGUACUCAUCACUCACAAACUUAAUUAACGCUCUACGCAACAGUGAUGAAUAUGGAGUUGACAUCUACCUGGAGGUACUAACAUUUCUUCAAGAAACAGCAACGAGCAGUUGA